AUGCGUUCUUCUAUCUUGCUUUUUCUGGCGGCAACCCUUGUCUCGGCCCAGAACGCGACCACAACUAAAGCUUCCAUGCCCACAGUCACACUUGACUACAGUACUGUUGUGGCCGCAGCUGGAAACACAACCGCAGGGUACUACAAGUACCAAAACAUUCGUUUUGCAGCGGUUCCAACGGGUCAUCUUCGAUGGGUAGCACCCGAAUGGCCUCCCGUCGAGACCGAAAUCAACACCGGCACUCUCGCAUCUGCAGACGUCGACUGCGCAUCAACAGAAGAUUGCCUAUACAUGGACAUCUGGGCCCCAGCCAACAGCGGCAACAAAAGUCUUCCAGUGAUGGUCUGGACAUAUGGCGGUGGAUUUAUAUUUGGUAGCAAAUCUCAAAAUAGUCCAGAAGGGCUCUUUGAUCUAAGCAACGAAUUUAUAUUUGUGGCAUACAAUUAUAGACUCGGAUUGACGGGGUUGGCUAACGGACCUACGUUCUUGCAUAAUGGUGGGACGUCGAAAUCCGCGGUUUGGGAUGUUCAGCAGGCGUUUCUGUGGACGAAGAAGUAUAUUGGUAAAUUUGGGGGAAAUCCGGAUGAUAUUACCGCUGUGGGUUUCUCGGCUGGUGCUUCGCAGGUUUUGUUCCAGAUGACGAGAUUUGCUGGGCGUGCUGAGCAGUUGUUUAAUCGCGCUUAUGUUAUGUCUCCAGGCUUCGUGCCUGGUGCUGGUCAUCAUCAUGCCGAGAUGUUCUGGCAAAAUGUUUCUUCUGUUGUUGGCUGUUCUCCCAGUGACUUAGACUGCAUGCGAGCAGUUCCCUUUUCCACUCUUAAUACUGCUGCAAGUACUAUCGAGUCUGCAUACAACUACCAAUUUCAACCUCGUGUAGAUGGUCACAUCAUUGCUGAUACUUAUGAAGCACAACUCUAUCAAAAACGCUUCAACUUCAGCGGCCCUGUAGUGAUCAGCCAUGAACUUCACGAAGGCAACAGCCAAGCAUGGUCAGGAGUCAACACAACCGCAGACGUCUCAACUUACCUCAAAAUUUUCUUCCCGGCAAUAACCGACGAUGUCGUAGAUGAGAUUCUUUCUCUCUAUCCAGAAGAAGACUAUGCCAGCCCCGGGCUUCGUUUUGCAGAUAUGAAGCAAUCAUUCGAUUUGACUGCUCACAAUUUGGCACUAACUCAAGCGAUGAAAAACCAAACUUGGAAUGCGAUGGUUGCUCUUGGUGGAGCAACUCAUGGCACGGAUCAGAGUUAUGUUUGGUAUAGUACUUAUACGCUCUCUCCAUCGAAUUCCACAACCACUUUUAGUGGACCGCCAGGUGGUGGACCACCAGGAGGUGGAUUUCCUGGAGCUGGGUCUGUUAAUGCUACUGUUGCUGUUAUGAUGCAGAAAUACCUGAUGUCUUUCGUUUUGACUGGAAACCCGAAUACGCUUUGGCCAAGUGAUAAGAUUAAUUGGCCUAUGUAUGGAAACUCGUCAACGGCCGGUACGCAACUUGUGUUUAAUACCACGUUUCAUUUGAGCGAGGAUGAUCUUGCGAGUAAUAAGUCCUUGCUUUGGAACAAGGCUUUAUGGUAUUGAGUACCUAGACAAGAGACUCUUUCCGGCCGAGUGAGGGUUGAGGGUUGUACGUAGAAGCCAGGAUGUCUCUCAGGCUUUGUAUAU